AUGGAUACCGAAGGUCAAGAUAUCAAUGCUGAAAACGCAUCAUCAUCAACAACGUCAAACGCUACAAACGCGACAACAACAUCGCAAGUUCCACGCAGUGGUUUACCGCCGUUUCCUCCCUUUAAUCCACACCAAGAUACAGCAACAGUGGGUCAACGAUGGACUAAAUGGGUUCGUCGUUUCGAAAACUUGCUUAUAAGUCUUCGUGAGUUUGAUUCAACCGUUAGGAGAGGUUUAUUGUUAACCUAUGUAGGCGAGUCAGCCAACGACAUUUUCGAUAUUCUCCCCGACACUGGCACAACUUAUCAAGAAGCGAUCGAUUGUUUCACCCAACACUUCGUGUCACAAGGAAAUACAGACAUGGCUAUAUUCGAUUUUCGAGAGCUAAAGCAAGGAUCCAACGAAACGCUCAACGAAUACUACCGUCGACUGAAGACAAAAGCAGUACAAUGUAAUUUUCACAGCGAGGAAGCCGAGAUUAAAACCCAAAUUAUUCACAAAACCCGCGAUUCCCGGUUAAGAAAGAAAGCGCUUCGUGAGACGAUGACUCUCAAACAAAUUCUCCACUACGGGAAUACCUUAGAACGUACAGAUGAACAGUCUAAACGCCUCGAUAACGCCAGCAAAUUCCAAAGCGAAAGUAACGAAACGGUAAAUUAUAAUUACAACGAAAAGAAUUCAAAACAACAUCGAAAAUUUCCAACUUCCGGUGGAUCAAAUUCCAGAUACAGGACGCCCAAGAAGCCUGAUUCGCGUUUUCAAGGAAAUAAAUAGCAGAAAGAAGCUCCAGAUAGCGGUCGAAAGUCCCAAACCUGUCAUAACUGUGGAGGUAAAUUCUCGCACAAAGACGGAAUAGAGUCCUGCCCAGCUAGAGGUAAACCUUGCCACCAACUGCAAGAAAAUCGGUCAUUUUGCAAAAUAUUGCAGAUCUCAAUCUAAGGACAGUGGAAAUGUCAGACAUGUCAACCAAGAGAAAAGUUGUGAUUAUCUUCAAGACUCGGACGAUGAAUUUCUUUUUACUGUCAACACAAGCUCGGGUAAACAUCCAGAAACGCAAGUACAGAUUGGACACACUAAAGUAAACAUUCUGAUUGAUUCCGGAAAGACGACAACCGUGUCAAAGACGACAACCGUGUCAAGUUACAAAAGACCAAUGCCCGAAUCUUUGCUUAUGGAACACCAACACCACUCGAGUUAGCCGAAGAAUUUCAAGCUACCAUCACCUCAGCAUCAGGUACAUUCAAAACUGAUAAGUUUUAUGUAGCACAAAAGAAAUCUAAGUGUAUUCUUGUAUAUGAAUCAUCUUCCUCAUUGGGACUUAUCAUCCUCAACAUCAACAUCCUCAACCCGGUUCAACAAGAUCAUGAUGUACGUCGCAUUAUCAACAAACAUCCAAAGCUAUUUGAAGGAACGGGAAACCUCAAGGGACGUGAAGUGAAGCUCGAAAUUGACCCAACAAUAACCCCGGUCGCACAAACAAAUCGGAAAAUUCCACACAGCAUGAAAACCAAAGUAAACAAAAAGCUGUAGGAGAUGAGAGAAGAAGGGAUAAUCGAGAAAGUUGAGGGAGCAACGCCUUGGUUAUCACCGUUGAUAGCCAUCCCAAAGAAGAGUGGGGACCUUCGACUAGUGUUAGACAUGCGUAUACCUAACACAGCACUUGUAAGCUCCUCACAAUCCUGCUCCUCACAAUCCUGAGAACCAAUGGCAUCACACUGAAACUACCAAAGUGUUCGUUCGCAGUACCGCAGAUAAACGUGUUUGGUCAUAUCGUGUCCGAGAAAGGGAUCAGACCAGAUAGCACCAAAGUCGAAGCCAUAACAAAUACUCCACAUCCUACCACAGCAUCGGAAGUCAGAUCCUUCCUAGGCCUCACCAAUUAUUGUUCGAGAUAUAUACCCGACUACAGCAGCCUAACCUUCCCACUUCGACAGCUUACAAAGAAGAAUGUCACGUUUCACUGGGAUCACAGUCACGAGAAAGCAUUCCAGUCACUGAAGAAUGCCAUCACCACUUCACAGGUAUUAGCUCAUUAUAAUCUUACUGCGGAAACUAAAGUCGUAGUAGAUGCAUCGCCAUGGGCACUGGGUGCCGUACUUCUCCAGAAACAAGCCGACGACAAUUAUCGUCCAAUCGCGUAUGGUAGCAGAUCGCUAACAGAUGUCGAACAGAAGUAUGGUCACAUAGAGAAAGAAGGAUUAGCAAUCGUAUUCGGAUGUGAACACUUUCACAUGUACCUAUAUGGACGUAGUUUUGAAUUGGAGACAGACCACCGACCUUUAGAGCAUAUCUACAAGGCAAAGCUUCAAAGCAAACCAACAUCAGCUAGACUCGAAAGAUGGAGACUUCGACUCCAAGAGUACGACUUCCACGUUAUCUACCGACCUGGCCCAUCCAAUCUGGCCAUCCUUUGUCCCGACUCCCGAAAGAUGGAAACGAUGGAAACAAGAGGAGUAACAUGGAGGCUCGCGCUGACCGAUAUGUUCAUUACAUGA